AUGGAUUUAAAAGAGAAUUCAUUAAAAAAAAAAAAAAAAAAGUUAAUUAACAUAAGAAAUAAUAAAAAUAAUAGCAAAAAAUCGAAAAAAGGAGUGUUAACAAAAAACAAAUAUGAGAAAAAGAAAUUAGAUGAACUUUAUAAAUUAGAAAUUGAAAAUUUUAAAAAACGCAAAAAUCAAAAACAUGAAAAAUUAAAUGAAAAUCUUGAUUUGAUAAAUGAUGAUUAUGAUGAUAUAAAAGAAAUAUCAAAGCAAGUGAAUGAUCAGAUAAAUUUAUAUAAAGUUUUAUUAAGAACAAGAAUUUUAACGCAAAAAGCGUUAUCAUUAUCUAAUAAAUUACCAUUAUUACCAUUUGUUUCUUUAAAGGAAAAAAUAUUAGAUAAUAAUAAUUUAAGUAACGAUAUUAGAAAUUCAUUAAAUGAAACUAAAUGUAAUGAGGAAAAAUUAAAAAAUGAUAUUGGAGAACUAUUAACUAUACUGCAUAACUAUUUAAAAAAAUAUUUUUUAAAAUGUAAUGUUCCAAUUAAUGAAGAUUUAUUUAAUGAAGUAAAUAUAAUUUACGAUGAAGAAGAUAAAUCAUUUUAUGAAAAUAGAAGAAACUUAUAUAAUGAAGAUACAACAAAAAGUGAGAAGAAACUCUUUUCUAUAAUUGAUACGUGGUUUUUAUAUUCUAAAAAGAUGUGCUUAAAUUUUUUUGAUAUAAUGCAUAAAAUAACUAAAAUGAGUUCAAUAAAAAGUUUAAAAACAUAUGAGCAAUCUAUCUCUUCUCAAAUUAAUCAAGUUAUGUUUGAAUUACCAUCUUUAAUUGAAAAUUCUUAUCCUGAAACCUUAAAUUAUGAAAUUAUUGGGAAAAAACUAUAUGAAUUAUUAUAUAAAGACAAAAGAAACUUUAAUUUGAAUAAGUAUAUAUAUGAUGAUGAGAUUUACUACAAAAAGUUUUUAAUGAACGCUAUUCAAAUUUUGAAACAUAAUCAGGAAGACAGUGAAUUGUUAAAAUCACAGAAGGAAAUAUACAAGAUUAAAAAAAAAUAUAAUAACAAUAAUGUAAAUAGAGGAAAAAUUUUAUCUUUCGAACCAAUACCCAAAUUAGUCAAUUUCAUGUUGCCUGAACCACGAGAUUUGAAAAAUGAAAACUUAUGUGAAUAUACGGAUAAUCCUGAACUAGUUAAUGUACUUUUAUCAUCUUUGUUUCAAGAUUAA